AUGAGGGGAACGAAACGUCCGUACGAUGAAGAUAUCAUCGAAGAACCUUGUCGAAAAAAUGAGAAAUGGCAUUCUUACAUUGCUGAAGCAAAACGAGAGUUUCUUCAUCUAAAAGACAGUCAUCAUAUCACAGAUGCUGGACUCAAAGCAAUGUUUAAAUUUUAUAAAACUCACAAAAAGCUUUAUUCUCUGAAAGAUACUAAUAAGUUAAGAAAUAAAACAAAUGCUAAAUUUCCAGUCAUUUUCACCAAAAGCAGUGCAUAUGUAAAACUUGAAUAUGCGGUGAGAACAGCUAUUUUCGUAGCACAAAAACAUGCAGCUGAUUUUGAGAAACAAGAUGUACUGACCUUCCGAUUCAAUAUGGAUGGUACUCUGAUUGGGAAUAAACACAUCGUAGCAAUUUCGAUUAAUUGUGUUGAAGGAGGACGUGAGUGUCAAAGAGCUAAGAAUCUAAUUCCCGUUGGACUUUUUGAAGUACAAAAAGAAAAUACUGAGCUUUUGAGAAAAACUCUUCCUCAAGAAUUCAUUGGUGAUAUACGUUCGGUUAAACAAAUUCAUUAUAAGCACAAGGACUUUGAUGUAAAGCUUAAACUAGGUGGCGAUUUAAUGAAUGCUGUCUACGUGUUUGGCCUAGCCGGUUUUACUUCGAAUUAUCCGUGUGUAUUCUGUACUCAGCACAAAGACGAUCUUCAUAUAACUGAAGAAACCGCUUAUGAUAAAGUUGUCACAGAAGGCAAAGGCAAAAAUAAAGUGACCAAAACAAUUAGAAUUAGUGGUACAUCAUAUUAUGAUGUGACUAAACUAGCCCGUUCAUUAGAAGAACAAAAACACUGCUUGCAUAAUGGCAAGGUAAACGAUUUAGGGUAUAAGUGCGAGCCACUAUUUGGCGAUUUGUUUGAUUUCAAAGAUUAUGUUCUGGAUACAUUACAUAUGAAGCUGAGGAUAUUUGACGUGCUCUUAAAAGAUAUUUUGGCGCAUGCUUCGCGUACUGAACAGUAUGGAGCCGAACAUACAAAGAUUAUCGAGGAAAAAGUUGCCAUACUUAACAGGCAUGCUGAAAAAACUGUAGGGAAACGCUUUUUUUUCCAAAUAGAUCCAGAAAAUCAAAAUAAAACUAUAACUUCGCGCGGAAAACUAUCGGGACACUUGCAAGAUUUGUUCUUUAUUGAUCAGUUUCCUUUCGCUCAAGUUUUGGGCAAUGGAGCAAUCAACAAAUCGGCAAAAAGAGUUGUAGGAAAAUUCAAAGAACUUCUUGCCGAAGUGAAGAAAGAUAAACCAAGAUGCAAGAACACUUUGAAACGUCUUUCCCAAGAAUUUAUUAGAGAGUUUCGGCAAUCAGGCCUUCGAACAACUGUAACUCCUUAUGUACACAUAGUUGGUAAUCAUUUAUUUCAGUUCGAUGAACUAGAAGAUCUUCGAGCAUUUAACAUGCAAGGAGUUGAGAAAGGAAAUGAUGUUCUAUCAAGACUAUACUUUUCGUCAACAAAUCCCGCUAAAAACCCCUUGCUCACAAUGAUGCAAAAACUCUUUCGAAUGUUAGAAAUGAAUUUUCAGAACGAAAGUGAGCGAAUUGCUAUGGCAACAUUUGCACAAACUGGAGUGUACGAUUUUGAUGACAUCGAUGAUGAAAAUGCAACCCUACUGCAUUCUGAAAGCGAAAGCUCAGGAGUAAGUUCGCGGAGAAAAAGUUUUGACGAAAUGGAUUCUGAGGAAGAAAGUGAAACAGCAUUACAAGAAGAUGAUGAAGAAUUAGGCGGUUUUCUUUCGUCGUUCACACCUACAAUUGUACGUUCUGAAAAUCGUUUCAAGAGUUUUAAAACGUGUAAUAAAUAG